AUGGCAAGGUGCUCUUGGACAAUAUUGUUUCUUCUCUCUGCCCUUUUCCUUCAGACAGAGCAGACAGUGUUUAUAUCAGCUGAUGAUGCAAACAACAUUAUGAAGAGACAGAGGCGUGCCAGCUCCCUGCUUUUGGAGGAGGUCCUCCAAGGCAGCUUGGAAAGGGAAUGCCUUGAAGAGAGAUGUACGCAUGAAGAAGCAAGAGAAGUAUUUGAAAACGAUGAAAUGCUUAAAAUGUUUUGGGAUGCCUACCAUGGUGGCAGGAGGUGCUUGUCGAGCCCCUGCCAGCACAACGGCGUGUGCGAGGACAGCAUUCGCGGCUACACCUGCACCUGUGCCGAGGGCUACGAGGGAGAGAACUGUGCUUUUGCUAAAAAUGAAUGUCGCCACCAAGCAAAAGAAGGAUGUCACCACUUCUGCUACCCAGGAAGUAAUUCCUACCAUUGUUCCUGUGCUGAUGGUUAUGAGCUUGGGAAGGAUGAAAAACAGUGCAUCGCGUUAGAUGAAUGUGCAUGUGGCAGACUUCAAGACAGUGAUAAUCUGAUAAGUGAAACCAGGAAGAAACACGAUGAGCAAUUUCCUUGGCAGGUUCUGCUGCAAAACUUAGAUGGGAAGGGCUUCUGUGGAGGAGUGCUGCUAAAAAGUAAUUUUGUAUUGACUACAGCAGAGUGUGCCCUUCUGCAUAGCCGUUUUCACAUCAGGGUUGGUGCUGGGCCCAAUGGAACAAGUGGAACUGAGAAGAUAAUGCAAGUUACUGAGAAACACAUACACAUCCGGUAUGAUGAAGACACUGGUGAGAACAACAUCGCAUUACUACAACUCCAAGAGCACGUUGAGUGCAACAACCACCAGCUUCCUGUCUGCAUCCCUGAAAGAGACUUUGCAGAACACAUUUUAAUUCCAAAACUCAGUGGUACAGUCAGUGGUUGGAGAAUGGAAGGCGAUGAACUCCAAGGUGAUGAGUUGCAGGUUUCAUACCUUCCUGCUGAGGACUGCAAACAAAUACUCAACAUAAGCCUCACAAACAGGCAGUUCUGUGGACACCUCCAGGAGGCUGUAGACAAACAACUGGCUGGAGGAAGCUUUUUAGCUACUGAGUAUAAGGGCACUUGGUUUCUGACUGGUCUCCUGGGAUCUUGGCCUCUAGAAGACACUGACUGGAAAACAUUUCUAUUCACUAACACUGCAAGGUAUAUGAUAUGGUUUAAACAAACAAUGAAAUAA